AUCCACACAUCAUUCUUUCUCUUCUUCUCAAUUCUCAUCAUCUACUUUAAUCUCUCUCUUUCAAUCCUAUAAUAAAAAGCAAGUUUAUCUCUGCAAUUAAGUGUCUUUGCACAUUCACAAAUCCCCAAAACAUGGAACACAAAAGAAGAGGAACCACUUCAUCAAAUGAUGUUCUGUUCUCAACUCUUAUCCUCAUCAUCAUAGUACUUUGUUCUUCAGGAUCUUUUGUUGUUGUUGAUGCUUACAAGAAUUACACAGUGGGAGAUUCUUUAGGAUGGUUUGAUAGUACCAUGAAUUCUGAGAUCAAUUACCAGAAAUGGGCUUCCAAUAAAGUUUUCAGCUUGGGUGAUUUCUUAAUUUUCAACACAGACACCAAUCACUCAGUUGUCCAAACAUACAAUGCAACAACAUACAAACAAUGUGACUAUGAUGAUGCACAAGACAAAGACACAAACCAAUGGCUUCAAUCAAAUCCAUCAAACACAGAAACACAUCCAAUCUCAGUUUCAGUUCCUUUGAAGAAGGAAGGUGUCACCUACUUCUUCUCAAGUGACUAUGAUGGUGACCAAUGUAGAAGUGGACAAAGGUUCCAAAUCAAUGUCACUCAUGGUCAAGGUUUACCUAAGAGCCUUAAGGAUCCUUCUGAGGAUUCUGCUCCUUCUCCUUCCGGCACCGGUGGUGGUGUUGCCGGCGAUGAUGAUGCUGCACCGGAUACUAUUGUUCCGGCAAAUUUUAAUCACCCCAAGUAUGAAAAUAGUGAUAGUAGUGGUGAUGACGAUGAUAAUGAUAACAAGUCCAAAGGAAAAGCUAGUUCUGAUUCUGUGUCGAUUUAUGAUCAAGUUCAUACGAAACUAUUUGCGUCUCUUGCUUUGUUAUUGGUCGUUUUCUUGUGGUGGUGAAAAUUUAAGUGCAGUAGUCUUCAUAAAAUUGAUAAUUGAAAAUCGUUAGAUGAUUUAAUAUGUUUGACUAAAUUAUUAUCUAACAAUUUUCAACUAUCACAUGAAGAAAACUACGUGACUUUUCACCAUUAAGAAUAUUUGGUCAUGAUUGUGCGUAUACUCUUAUCAUCGGCUGAUAUGGUAAACCUCUCAUUUUCGAGUUUUAUCAUAGUUACACACCAUGGAUUUGUACCUAAUAUACCUUGCAGUUGAGUCCUAUAGAGAGAGUAAGAGAUUUUUAUAUAUAUAUUUGAUAGAUUUUACACUUUUACACCUAUUUUUAUGUAUUUAUAUUUUAAUUGAUUGUAAAAGAGGAUAUAUAUAUUAUUUGUAGACUAGAAAUAAUUUCAUUAUUGCAUCUUUUAUUGUUGUUUGUGUUGCUAA